ACAAUGGAACAUUCUUCCCAAGGCGGUAGAAAAAAUCCUUCUGUUGAACUCUACUGUGUCAGGCCAGCCUGAGUUCAUUUCUCCUUGAGCAGGAACGGUUCAUGGACGAACUCUGAGGACCAUUCUGAGGACAAGAGGCAUCCAGUGUCAUGAGUGGAACAUGGUGACUUAGAACUGUGCACAUGGGUUCCUUGGGCUUCUGUGCAUUGCUUGACAGCUGUGUGACCUUGGACUGGCUAGUUGAUGUCUCUGAGUAUCAGUUUCUGAACCUGUAAAAUGGCGAUAACUCGAGUGUCUACUUCCUACCGCGGUUUUGCAAACUAAGCUAAAUGCUGGGGCUGUUCCUAUGUAAAGAUACAAGCUAUUGGCCGGGCACGGUGGCUCACGCUGCAUUUUAUGGCUACAGAGUUAAGGCAAGGGUUGAAUUCCACGAGUCAAAAAGCAGCCCUUUUCAGAGACCCAACUCUCUGGGGUGCUCAGGGGCUUGGGCUGGAUUGAGAAGAAAACUGACAAGAGUAAGCUGCCCUCUCUUCUCUGGCCAUCUCACAAACCACAGUGCGGGCCAACUGGUCCUGCCUCUUUACUACACAGAACCAAGCACUAGGGAUGAGACAGCUGCCCAUGGUGUCCGCGGCGGGUCUCUCUGGGGAUGGCAAGAUGCGAGGGGUGCUCCUGGUGCUGCUUGGCCUUCUCUACUCUUCCACCAGUUGUGGCGUCCAGAAAGCUUCCGUUUUCUACGGUCCUGACCCCAAGGAGGGCUUGGUCAGCAGCAUGGAGUUCCCGUGGGUGGUGUCGCUGCAGGACUCCCAGUACACACACCUGGCUUUCGGCUGCAUCCUGAGCGAGUUCUGGGUCCUCAGCAUCGCAUCCGCCAUUCAGAACAGGAAGGACAUUGUCGUUAUAGUGGGUAUAAGUAACAUGGAUCCUAGCAAGAUUGCUCACGCAGAGUAUCCAGUCAAUACCAUCAUCAUCCAUGAGGACUUUGAUAACAACUCCAUGAGCAACAACAUAGCCCUCCUGAAGACAGACACAGCGAUGCAUUUUGGCAACCUGGUCCAGUCCAUCUGCUUCCUCGGCAGGAUGCCACAUACACCACCAGUCUUGCAGAACUGCUGGGUGUCAGGAUGGAAUCCCACAUCUGCAACAGGAAAUCACAUGACGAUGAGUGUCCUGAGGAAAAUCUUCGUGAAAGAUCUUGACAUGUGUCCCCUAUACAAACUCCAGAAGACAGAAUGCGGCAGCCACACGAAAGAGGAAACCAAGACUGCCUGCCUGGGGGACCCAGGAAGCCCAAUGAUGUGCCAGCUACAGCAGUUCGAUCUGUGGGUUCUGAGAGGAGUCCUGAACUUCGGUGGUGAGACGUGCCCUGGCCUGUUUCUGUACACCAAGGUGGAAGACUACAGCAAAUGGAUCACAUCCAAGGCUGAGAGGGCCGGCCCUCCCCUGUCCUCACUCCACUGGGAAAAGUUGAUUUCUUUCUCCCACCAUGGACCAAAUGCCGCCAUGACACAGAAGACAUAUUCUGAUUCUGAACUGGGCCAUGUUGGAUCAUACUUGCAGGGACAAAGAAGGACCAUCACGCAUUCACGACUAGGAAACAGCUCUAGAGAUAGUCUAGAUGUUAGGGAGAAGGAUGUAAAGGAAUCAGGCAGGUCUCCUGAGGCGUCUGUACAACCCUUAUACUAUGACUAUUACGGUGGGGAGGUGGGGGAAGGUAGGAUUUUUGCAGGUCAGAACAGGUUGCAUCAGCCCGAAGAAAUCAUCUUGGUUUCCUUCGUGCUUGUUUUCUUUUGCAGCAGUAUCUAGUCCAGGAGCUACCCCACCAAACUGAAGAGUAAACUCAGAAUGCUGAGUGCCAGGCAUUCACCAUGCUGUUUUGAUGUCUGUUUUUGAUAGUUGCACACUGGGGCUGCCACGGAUAAGCCCAUGGCAUACACUGGGCUGGCUCUCCCUCCUCUAUCCCUCUCGCAGGUGUGGGAAGGUCACUUUCACUAUGCUUGUGAACUAAAUGCUGGCUAACAAGUGUCAAA